UCUCCUACUCUCCAAACCCCGCCACAUGCUUUUGACACCCGUGCUCUACAAACCCCAGUGCCGUCCUUUAUACUACCGCGGCGAUCCCUUUUGACUAUUUUGGGGUCCCUUAUGCUGUCGAACAUAAGGUCAUGCUCAUAACUCUUGAUCCCCACAGUGAAAAGGUUUUCGGUCCGUCCAAGUGCCGCUGUCUAGAAAGGCUACGCUCUGCCAAGAGCUGCAAGUCACUCACAACCGCGUUCCUCGACAAGCAUAUAGCUUAAGCUAUCUCGCUCCUCCCCGAUACAAGUCCAACCUCCCGGCGGUUUAGACGUAUUCAUGCUUCGUCCCAACUGCUUGCACUCGUUCGAAGUUGCCUAUCGUUCAUGAUAUACGAGGUUAGACAAGAUCGUCGACGAACCAAUAUUUCUACUUUAGACGUAUUCGGUACGAUUCGCCAUCACGGAUUACUCAAAUAUGUUGUCUAAUCCACUUCAACGGUUUUCACCGUACCAUGCCCUUCCUUCUAACACAUUACUAUCGAAUGCUCAUGUACCCGGAGGCCACCUCCACGCAGCGGGUUUAGAUACUUUCGGCCAUGGAUCUCAGUACACGCUCCAGCAUCUCCAACAACACGUGGGAGUUCACGCACCGCAUCUAGCUCGAGCACCGCAACCAAAACACAGACAACACCCCUAUGGGGGACCAAGCACGAGAGCAGCUGGAGCAGCCGGUCCAAUCAGGAGGAGAAUAAGUAGAGCUUGUGACCAAUGUAACCAGCUCAGGACUAAGUGUGACGGACAGCAUCCUUGUGCCCAUUGCAUAGAAUUUGGCCUGGGUUGUGAGUAUAUCCGAGAACGAAAGAAGCGAGGCAAAGCCUCCCGCAAAGACCUCGCCCAACAAGCCGCAGCUCAAGCAGCCGCCGCCGCCGCCGCCCAAAACGGCCAAAAGUCACCAAACCCAAACGACGACAACGAAACAUCAACAGAGCAACAGACUGAUGGUACAGCCUCGGUCAAGCCAGAACAGAAUUCGAGUGAUAAGGCGCUAAACGACAGCAGCGAGGACGCCUUACAGCGAAGCCAAAGGACAGGAAGCCUAGACAGCUUAGCAGAGUUAAGCUCACACCAACCCCAUCUGACUGGCCACCAGGGAGCGAUGGAGAGAGACCAACUUGACAGUCCUACCUCGUUAGAUCUUAAUGGGUACGGUAAUGUUCAAAAUCCAUACGACAGACAGGGGAUGGGUCAUCUGAUGGGCGGGGCAACACAUAACGGAUAUGGGUCAAAUCAGGGAAAUUUGUCUUCAAACUAUCCCGAGAUUCCCUAUGGACUUCAAACCCAAAGUCCUACUAACUAUUCGGCCAACCCUCAGCCAACGUUUCGAAUAGGGACCAGCCCCCUAAGCGCGUAUCCUAUUGGAGAGCCUACCUCGCCAGGAUGGAUGUCGAUGUCUUCGCCUCCGCCACAAUUCCAAUCUCAUAUUCCCCAAAAUAACUACCAUCACCAAUUAAGAUACCCAGUUUUGAACCCUCUGAUCCCUCAUUUAGGGAACAUUAUCCCCGUUUCCCUCGCUUGCGAUUUAAUCGAUUUAUAUUUCGCUAGUUCCUCUUCCGCUCACGCCCACCCAAUGUCACCCUACGUUCUGGGUUUCGUUUUCCGGAAACGAUCAUUCCUCCACCCAAGCAAGCCUCGCCAAUGCCAACCGGCAUUGCUAGCAAGUAUGCUUUGGGUAGCAGCACAAACUAGCGAUGCCCCAUUCCUUACUAGCGUCCCAUCUGCAAGAGGCAAGAUCUGCCAGAAAUUGCUCGAGCUUACUGUUAGUUUGCUUAAGCCGUUAAUUCACACGCCAUCUGGCGAAGCCUCGCCAGUUUCUAGCCCAGUAAUAGACGGAGUGGCUUUGGGUGGACUAGGAGUCGCACUUCCCGGAUCAAUGAGCAUGGAGAAUCUGACAGGCGAAUCGGGAGCUUUUGGUGCUGCGGGAACACUAGACGAUGUUGUCACCUAUAUUCACCUGGCUACAGUAGUGUCUGCCAGUGAAUACAAAGGUGCCAGCCUCCGAUGGUGGAACGCCGCGUGGUCCCUCGCAAGGGAAUUGAAACUCGGCCGAGAACUACCCCCAAGCGCACCUUCGAUGGUUCAAGGUAACAACGGUAACGAUGUCGAUGCUGACGGUGAAACUGAGGACGGGCUCGGGAGCAACGUUACUCCCGGAACCGUCAGUGAAGAGGAACGAGAAGAGCGAAGACGUAUAUGGUGGCUCACAUACAUCGUUGACCGCCAUCUAGCCCUAUGCUACAACCGACCCCUCUUCCUUUUGGAUAUUGAGUGCGAAGGCCUUCUCCAACCUAUGGAUGACACUGAAUGGCAGAACGGAAACUUUAGCUCCCACACCACGGACCCGGCUUUGUCAGAACAGUCAGGGCCUGACAGUGGCCGAGUACGUGGACCACACUUUGAGUGUACUGGCCACAGUAUCUUCGGUUACUUCCUUCCCCUGAUGACUAUUCUGGGAGAGAUCGUCGAUCUUCACCACGCCCGCAAUCAUCCCCGAUUUGGCAUCGGCUUCCGUUCAGCUAGGGAAUGGGAUGACCAGCAAGCUGAGAUUGUGCGACACCUCGAGGCGUACGAACAGAGCUUAAAGAAGUUUGAGCAAAGGCAUUUCAACAGUUCCGAUGACAAGACUGAGCAAUCUGCCACUCUGGAGAUGCCAUCUGAACUAGACCAAAUCGGCUCACCGUCUGGUCGUUCCGUACACACGAGUUCGUCCCGUAUGACCGAGUCUGAUAUCCAAACCCGCAUCGUUAUGUCAUACGGAACACACGUCAUGCACGUACUCCACAUUCUCCUCACUGGAAAAUGGGACCCCAUUAACCUACUUGACGAUAAUGACUUGUGGAUCUCAUCGCAAGGCUUUAUUACAGCUACGGGGCAUGCCGUAUCGGCCGCAGAGGCUAUCAGCAACAUCCUCGAAUACGACCCAGGCCUAGAGUUCAUGCCAUUCUUUUUCGGAAUCUACCUCCUACAGGGUUCGUUCCUAUUAUUACUCAUUGCCGACAAACUGCAGCUUGAGGCUUCGGCAAGUGUAGUCCGCGCCUGCGAGACUAUCAUACGCGCUCACGAAGCGUGUGUUGUCACACUCAACACUGAGUAUCAGCGCAACUUCAGCAAGGUCAUGCGUAGCGCACUCGCCCAAGUCCGCGGUCGGGUGCCCGAAGAUCUUGGCGAGCAGCACCAGCGCCGCCGAGAACUUCUUGCACUGUACCGCUGGACUGGCGAUGGCACCGGUCUUGCCUUGUAAAAUAAGAUACUCAAUAUGUAUAUAUUUUGCCCUAGUAUAUAAACUGGGCCGGUUUUGGGCGUUCGCGAUUAUAUUUUUAAGGAUGUUAUAAAAUGGAUUGGGCGGCGUGGCUUGUUUCCCAAACCAAGGGUUUGACC